CGGGCUUAGAACUCUCCGAGAGGGAAGUUCAAGGACUGGGGAAAAGGAAACGGCAGUUGUUUUUGCAGAUUGCGUUUGAGAAAAACAGUAUUUUACACUAAAAUAAAGUUAUUUAAUUCACAAAGAAGAAGAAACAAAACAACGUCACGCUAUGUCCCACAAACAGAUUUUUUACUCUGACAAAUAUGACGACGAUAAAUUCGAGUACAGGCAUGUCAUGCUUCCUAAGGACAUUGCUAAAAAAGUUCCAAAGACCCAUCUAAUGUCAGAGACAGAAUGGAGGAACCUGGGUGUUCAGCAGAGUCAAGGAUGGGUACAUUACAUGAUUCAUCAGCCUGAACCACAUAUUUUGCUCUUCCGGCGUCCUCUGCCUACAGCCCAAUCCCAGUGACUUCAGAACAAACAGAAAUGGAACAAAAUUCAGAGGAAUGGACACAGUCAGAUGAUGUCUGAGUGAUGCUGGAUGUACCUUGGAUCAGAUCGUGUCAAUAUCAUUUGUGCUCCUUUUUUUACUAUGUUGUAGACUAUACUGUGGGUGAGACUGUCCCCACCAUUCUUGAUCUCUGCUUUAACUGAGAUGGAACUGCACAUAUGUCUUGCUGUACCUGUAUUUAUUAUUCCUUAUCAAGCUUAUGUUAUCAAGAUUCUAUAUAUGAGCUUCUCUUGAUGAGUUUUGAUUGGUGUCACUGUUAAGUAAAAGGUCUGGCAACAGUGGAACUUGUUACAAAGUGCACAGUUUGAAUGUUUUAUUAAAAAAUAAACAAAUUUCCUUCUUGAAAUAACAAUGAUAUUGUUUGUACCAACUUAUCUUUAACUGUUGUCAGCGUCACUAGAAAGAAGCUUGAUGUAUUUUAGAUUUACCAAUAAACUUUUUAAACGCUCUGA